AGAGGUCCCCUCGCAGCGCCGCUCGCGCCGCUCGCGCCGCCUCGCCGCCUCCUCCGCUGCGCCCUCGCCAAGUGAGAUGGCCGCUGCGACAACAUCCAGAAAAUGCCACGGUGCCCUGCGGCGUCUCCUCUGCGGCGCCGCGUGCCUCGCCUCGGCGGUGCCCGCUCGCAGAUCGCCUCCCCGCCGCUGCCACGUGCCUCCAGAGAGCCACCGCGUGCUUGUGACGCGAGAAGGCUCGCGAACGAUCCUCGUGGGCGAUGUCCACGGCUGCCUUGAUGAGCUCAAGUCGCUCCUCCAGGCGUGCGGCUUCGAUGCCAGCACCGAUCAUGUCGUCCUGGUCGGCGAUCUCGUCAACAAGGGCCCGCAUUCAGCCGAGACUGUCGCCUAUGCGCGCGAGAGCGGCUUCGCCUGCGUCCGCGGCAACCACGACGAUGCGGCCCUCUUUGCCCACGAGGCGAGGACCGAGGCCGGCGCUCGAGGCAGCGACUCGAAGUACAGCGAGCUCAAGUACGCUUGGGUCGACGCGCUCGGCGAGGCGGAUCUGGCCUUCUUGCGAGAGCUGCCGCACACGCUCCGCCUCGAGCGAGAGGAGGUCCUCGUCGUGCACGCCGGCGUGGUCCCAGGCGUGCCCUUGGCGGAACAGCGGGCCGAGGACAUGACUACGAUGCGAAACUUGGUGCGCGCGGACGGCGGAGGGUGGUGGGCGGCUGCCAGCGCCUCUGCUGGCGUCGCGUGGGCAGAAGAGUGGCGGCCAGAGCCGACAGUCGUUGCUGGCGUGCGGCACGUCGUUUUUGGGCACGACGCCAAGCGGCGCCUCCAGAGGCACGAGCACGCGACGGGCCUGGACACGGGAUGCUGCUACGGCGGCGAGCUCACGGCGCUGGUGCUGCCCGAGUGGCGCCUCGUGGCGGUGGACGCGGGAAGGGAGUACACAGUGCCCGGCGGGUGAUUUAUCGCAAAAAGGUCUAAAGG